AUGAAUCCAAUUUCUACUUGUGUGAUGAAUCCUCAUGAGAAUCCAUCAUCACUCUCUCUUGUAGUUAGCAGUGUUGAUAUCUUGAUACAGAUUUUGUCGCGUUUACCAAUUAAAAUUCUGCUUCAGUUCAAACUCGUUUCCAAAAAAUGGCGAUCCGUUAUAUCUGAUCCAUUUUUUGCUAGGGAACAUUGUCAUCAAUACCCACAUCCAGUCAAUGGGCUAAUUUUACAUACAAAUCAACCGGAACUGGAAUUCGUUUCGCUAGAUGGGUCCUCCUCAUCCGCUGCCCCUUUUGAAACCCUAGAUUUUAUUCAGGAUCCGAAAGGUAUAAGAAUUGACCAAUCUUGCAAUGGUCUGAUAUGUUGUAGCAGCAUUAGAGCAAGUUUCUUGGAGCGCACCUAUUACGUUUGCAAUCCUUUUACUAAACAAUUUCGGUCUAUUGUGUGUGGAUCUCAGGGAAAAGAAAAGGGUUUCGUUGGGUAUUCUAGUGUCAGCUUGGCAUACGAUCCACACAGUUCACCACACUACAAAGUUGUUUGCAUUUGGUUCACCAAACAACCUGAAGAUUCUGAUACCAAUGCGGAUCUUCAAUUGGAGAUAUACUCAUCUGAAACUGCUACUUGGAAGCUUUAUGGAGAUGUUUUUUCUGCACCUCGUCGUAGCUUCCUCUAUAAAAGUGGAGUAUUUUGGAAAGGUUCGUUGCACUGGAUUGACCCAUCGAUAGAAGGGAAUUCUUUUUAUUUCAAUGUUGAUCAAGAAUUAAGAAUGAAAAUGCCAGACUACCGUUCUGUUCCUAAGGUAGAGGAUAGAGUGAUGGUUAAAUUCUUCGGGGAGUGUAGGGGUCACUUGCAUCUAAUUGUCAGUCCUGCUUCACUUUCUAGUUUUGAAGUUUUGGAAAUGGAGACUGACUACACGGGAUGGAAUGUAAAAUAUCAUGUUUCUCCCCAAGAAUUGAUCAUUUUGUACCCACGGCCCCCUGACUUUGAUGUAUUGCUGGUAGAGGAAGUAGAAAGCAAUUCUUCGAAGAUUGUGUUACUAAUCCAAGAUAAAGUUUUUUCUUAUGAUAUACAGGACAAGAGCUUCAAGGAAAUUCAUAGACUGGCACCAGGCUUAGGUGUGUUCCUUAUAUUAUGUUUUAUCUCCGUACGAAUUAGAGAAGGUGCUUGUUGGACUUCACGUGAAAGG